AUGACGAUUAUUGUUUGAGAUGCGGAAUGUUGAACUACUCUCCAGUUUCAAGGUAUGACCGUAUUUUUAAAUCUGAGAUUAUUUUUAGUUGUUUCUAGACUUAUUCGAGAUGAUGUUACAUCAGCAUUUGCUCGGCCCAUCGACUUCGUUAAAUACGAAUUCUAAUUCCGUUUUACAAUCAGCCAACGCCCUAUCAGACGGUUAGUUUUAUCUAAUUUCAAAUUUAGCAAUAAAACUAAUUUUUGGAUAUUUAGGCGUUCUCUUAUCACAUUCUCAACAACCUCGAGAAGAACUCAAAACCACUUUUGAAACUCGUGAAGGUAUUUAUCGAGUUAUGACUCUUGCUGAAUAUUCUCGUCCACGAGGUCCACAACAAUAUCACAUGCAGGGUGUUUUGAAUAAUCAAAGUAUGGUUCAUAGUGGUGCACCUGUUCGUGUAUCAUUUGUUACAAUUCCGAAAGAUAUUGUUGACAAUAAUGAUACUGUAACUUCUCAACCAACAUCUUCAUCAUCGAAAGAUGAACCAGAAGAUUAUUGGUCAGAUAAGUUGUGUUUCAAUGUCGGAAAAGAGUUGUAUGUUUAUCAUUAUAGGUGAGUCAUCUUCCAAGUUUUUUUUGUUAUUGAUUUUUCUCAUUUCUAGAGGUACACAUACGGCUGCUGAUCUAGCAAGACCAAUUGAUAAACGAGUUUACAAAGGAACAGCUCCCACAGUUCACUGCUUUAAUCAGGAGCUAGCCAAUCCAAAAAGUUGUUCGCUUAUCAUUGGUUUUUCAACAGGACAACUUCAAAUAAUUGAUCCACUUGAUCGAAGUACUCCAGCUCCAAUCAGUCGUCUUUAUAAUGAAGAUCGAACGUAUGAUAAAUCAACAGUAACUUGUAUUCGAUGGCAACCUGGACAACCAAAUAUAUUUCUCGCUUCCUAUGCUUCCGGCAAUAUUUAUGUAUAUAAUGAAGAAGUUGUGGCGGGCACCACUCCUCCUGUCUGGAAUUUUUAUAAACAAGGCGAGAAGUUUGCGGUUUACACGUGUAAAUCAAAAAUUGCAAGAAAUCCGAUUUAUCGAUGGCAAAUCGGUGAAGGCGCCAUUCAUCAAUUCAAUUUUUCUGGUCCUGAUGCAAAAAUGAUGGCAACAGUUGGACACGAUGGAUUUCUACGCAUUUUUGAUUAUCACAAUAUGGAACUUAUGGCAAUGAUGAAAUCAUAUUUUGGUGGACUUUUGACUAUGUCUUGGAGUCCUGAUGCUAAAUUAAUUGCAACUGGAGGAGAGGAUGAUUUAUUAACAGUUUAUAGUGUUAAUGAAAAACGAGUUAUUUGUCGAGGACAAGGACAUAAAAGUUGGAUAAGUCAAGUUCAAUUCGAUUCAUAUUGUUGUACAACUGAAGAAGAUACAGAAAAUAUCGAAGAGAAACAAAAUAAUUCGGAUGUCAAUUUUCGGCCAGGACCACCCCCUUCAACAAGUUCCGAAAUAAAUACAACACCUGUUAUGAGAACACAUGCAAAAAGAGCAACACCACUUUCAGCAACUUCGACAUUAUCAAGAUGUUCAUUUGCAUCCUUUGGAACUAUAAAUGGAACAUCUGCCGUGAGUUCUAAAUUUGAAAUUCGAAAAUAUUUUUUUAAAUUGUAUUUUUUAGGCUGGUGCUGGAGUUUGUUAUCGCAUUGGAAGUGUUGGACAUGAUACUCUUCUUUGUCUUUGGGACAUCACUGAAGAUAUGCUAAAACCUGCAAAUAUUCAAAGACAUCGAAAUUCGACAAUUAUUGCACCAAUGGCUGGUCUCGAAAUUCAAACAUCAGCACUUGCUGGUCGAUUAGAUAUUUUAACUGAAGCAUCACCUGCUGGUAAUGGAGGAGCAUCAACUUCUUCUGAACCUUCUCCAGCUGUGAAACCAGUAGAAAAACCGAAGAAGAAACGAUUCCAUCGAAGAGGGUUCACUUUAGGAAGACUUAAUGUUGGAAGUAGUGGAAAUUCAAACUCCAACUCGAAUAAUUCUAUAUUACCGAAAACAUCAAAUGGAAGUGUUAAUUCUUCUGAUAAGUGAGUUUUUGGUUGGAAAUUGUUCCUAAAUAACUUUCAAAUAAUUUUUUUCUAGGAAAAACAAUCAUCUUCUAAUAUCUCAAAUAAGUUGUUGUGAAGAAACUCGGUUGCUUGGAUCCCGAUUAUGUCCGAGAAUUCAAGAUGUUCCCGUUAUAGAACCCUUGAUGUGUAAAAAAAUAGCUCAUGAACGUCUAACUGUAUUAGAAUUCCGACAAGAUUGUAUUGUGACAGCAUGCCAAGAAGGAUUUAUUUGUACUUGGGCGAGACCUGGAAAAGGAGGAGGCAAUCCGAAUGGACCGAAACGUGAUUUUAUCAAUUCGCCAGGAACUGUGAGUCCUGAUGUUGGUGGAGCACAACAACAAAAACCAAAUUGGGCUGGAUAUAAUGUGACAAAUACAAAUGAAUAUACAGCUAUGAAUGGGAUUAGUGGACAACAACCAACUAGAUCAAAUAGUAGUUAUAAUACAGGUUUGAAUUUUGAUUAAAAUCUCCAAGUUCCUUUCAAAAAUGAGAAAUAAUGUUUUCAGCCGACGAUGACAAAUCUGCUCAACCAUAUCGCGUCAAUAAUCAUUACCGAUGGCAAAAUUGA